UCUCGUAUUCCCUUGUCGUCUAGCUUUUUCUGCAUCGAAUUCAACAGCCAUCAUGCCUUUUAACGAGCUUCGCGAAACAACCGCGAUUAUGCGUAAACGCAUGGGAGAGUUCAAAUCUGAUCCGUCAGGCUUUACACGAGAGAUUGGCAAUGAAAUGGUGGAGCAAAUUUCCAGUGUUUGUACCGCUUCAAAAGGUGCAUAUGUGUAUCCCAUAAAAGGCAUCGGGUACUUUUUCAGUCAUUCGGACUUGUACAAACCCAUUGGCGGAGCUGUGGCACAAGCGACGCUUACCUCACUAGCUAUCACUAUCGCAAUGUUCUUUAUUACUUUCGUUCCCCAGGCUGCGUUUCUCUCCCUAUUCGCUACGCCUUUUCUCGGCAUCCCAGGAGCUGUAGUUCUCGUCUUGGUUGAGUCAUGGUUGGUUGUCUCUUUGGUUGUCAAGGCUUUGUUCCUGGAGCCCCUACUGGACGAUCUGUUCAAUCGCACUCUUGUGCAUUGCGGCCAGGCAGCGCUGGUAGCCCGUAAUCCAAAGAAGCAGUCGCGCAUAGCCAAGGCUGCUAAAAGGACAAUGGAUCGCUUUUCUCCUGCCGCCAUCGCCCGGUAUCUCCUGACACUUCCUCUUAACUUCAUCCCGGUUAUUGGACCGCUUGUAUUCUUCAUCUUGAAUGGUCGAAGAACGGGCCAGGCAUUCCAUGCACAGUACUUCCAGCUGAAAGGGUGGACGUCGGAUCAAGUACAUUCCUUCAUUGAAUCUCAGAAAGGAGCUUACACCGCAUUCGGAACUUUGGCCUUGCUACUUCAGUUGAUCCCGUUCCUGGGCGUCGUUUUCACGGCUACGAGCACGGUUGGCGCUGCUCUCUGGGCAUGUGACAUUGAGAAGUCGGCUCCAGAGAUUGUGAAGGAUUCCCAGAGGAACAGCACACCAGUUCUUAAGGAGCAGUGAGGGAUUGACUUGCCAAUAUCAGCGAAUGUAUAACAUUGUGUAUUUCGUCCAAUCUUUAUGUAAUAUAUGCCUUCCUGCAUAUCAUGAGCAGUAUUGUGGCAAAAAAGGA